CUUGUAUCGUUUAUUUUUUAUUGGUUAAAGUCGUAUUUAGUAGUAAAUAAACUAGGCGAGUAUAGACUUUGGACUGUCGGUAGCGCGCGCCAACAAUCCUCCCGUACUAUCGGCACUUAUAAGCGUACGCUUGGCGCGAAAACGCGUCCCGAAAAUGUCACACAUGAAAGUUUUACGCGGGAACCUCGCGCGGCAAAUUCUUAGCGUUUCUAAACGAGGCAAGAAGCAGAAAUGUGCAAGUUUACAGUUUUCGGACAGAAGUUUCGCGACGCAGACCGCGCCGGCCUCGACCCCCAAGAGUCUGGCGUCCCCUUGGGGGGAGAUCCAAGUGGGGAACGAGACACUCACUGAACAUGUGUUUAAGGAUAUAUCGAUGUGGGGCGACAAGCCCUCGGUGACAUGCGGCACCAGCGGCCGCUCCUACGACUACAUGAUGAUGCGCAUGAUGAUCGAGCGCUGCGCCGGCGCGUUGCUCGGAGCUCUGAAGCUGCAGCCGGGGGACAAGCUCGGGCUCAUCCUGCCCAACCUGCCCGAGUUCGUGGUGCUCAUCCACGGCGCCAUGCGCGCCGGGCUGGUGGUCACGUUCGCCAACCCACUAUAUACUGAAGACGAAGUGAAGCGUCAGUUCGUGGACUGCGGAGUGAAGGCCAUCGCCACCAUCGAGAUGUUCAUGCCGGUGGCCACCGCCGUCGGGAAGGCGCUCAAGGACUACAAGGGCACCAUCUGGGUGGGCGGCGAGGAUGAUAAGAAUGAAGGAGUAUUCGGCCUGAAGUCCCUGCUGGUGGCGGACCACCAGGCUGACUUCCCUGACGUGAGUGCCGACGACGUCUGCCUGAUCCCCUACUCCAGCGGGACCACUGGCAUGCCCAAGGGGGUGAUGUUGACGCACAAGAACCUGGUGUCGAAUCUGAAGCAGAUGAUGAUGCCCAAGAUGAUGAAAUAUGAGGGCGCUCCCGGCAAAGGAGAUGUGGUACUGACAGUACCACCGUUCUUCCACAUAUACGGUUUCAACGGAAUCCUGAACUACAACCUCACUUUAGGAUAUCAUGUCGUCACUAUGCCAAGGUUCACGGCAGAAGACUACAUAAAGUGCCUAGUUGAGUACAAACCGACCACCCUCUUCGUGGUACCAGCUCUACUAGCCUUCCUCGCCACCCAUCCGACUGUGAAGAAAGAACACUUGCUGUCUGUGGAGACAAUCAUGGUGGGAGCUGCCCCGACCACGGAUAGUAUGCUCGAGAAGUUCUUGCUUAAGUGUGAGAAGACUAAGGACGAGAUUCGACUGUUGCAAGGCUACGGCAUGACAGAAAGCUCGCCCGUCACCCUGAUGACUCCCUACGUAUACCCUUACAACAAGGUGGGGUCGGUGGGCCAGCUGGUGCCGAGCACGUCCGCGCGCGUGCUCUCGCUCACCACGAGGGAGAUGCUGGGGCCGCACAAGAGCGGGGAGCUGCUGCUGAAGGGACCGCAGAUAAUGAAAGGCUACUGGAACAACGAGAAGGCUACCAAGGAGACGGUGGACGAGGACGGCUGGCUGCACACCGGCGACGUGGCGUAUUACGACGACGAACACUACUUCUACAUCGUGGACCGGACUAAGGAACUCAUCAAGGUCAAGGGGAACCAGGUAUCGCCAACGGAAAUCGAGAGCAUUAUCAUGGAGAAGCCAGAAGUGGCCGACGUGGCGGUGGUGGGCGUCCCGCACCCGCUGGCCGGGGAGGUGCCCAAGGCAUUCGUCGUCUUGAAGCCGAACCACAAACUCACCGAGAAAGAUAUCACGGACCUAGUGGAACAGAAGCUAGCCAAGUACAAACACCUCGAAGGUGGUGUUGUAUUCCUAGAAACUAUCCCUAGAAAUGCUGCUGGAAAGAUCCUCAGGAAUGAACUCAAAGUCUUAGGAUCUUCUGGCAAGCGCAAGUAAUGCAGUAGAUAUUUUGUUAUUUAGUAGUAAAUGUUGUGUAAGAUUUUGUAAAUAGUAUUAAUAUUAGAUGAUGGAUAGCAUUGUUACAGUUUGCUCAAUGUGAGAUAUUAGUAUUAAAUGAUUAGAGUAAGAUGUUAAAAUAUGUAAGAAUAUAAAAAAAGUUAAAUAAAGUCACGAAUUUU